AUGAGCCCGUUCACAGCGAAGUGGCUGACAUACAGAAAAAUAGGUCCAGAUUCCGUCAACACAGUCGCCAACCUGAAAGUCGUUGCUACGGUCACAAACACUGGCGACAAAAUUCUGAAGCUUUUAAAUGAGCCUCGAAGUGCCCUAUCCAAGCUUCCAGCGCACACUUUCUCCAUUGUUGACCAGGCCGGCGCAUCCCCCCAGUUCGUUGGCAUCAAAUAUAAAUAUGUCCAGAACAAUGCCGCGGCCGCAAAAGCCUUUACGGUCCUCACCCCUGGCCAGUCGGUCAGGAUAGAACACGAUUUAUCCGAAGCGUACAACUUUACGUCUCCGGGUGAGGGUACCUACUCUUUUGAAGCCCAAAAUCUCUUCUAUAACGUUGGCGAUAACGAUGAAAUCACGCCGAUCUAUGCGGACACCCAGGCUCACUCUGUCAGUCUCUCGGGACAGCUGGCCAUUGCGCCUUCUAGAGUCUUGAAACGCACGACGUUCAACCGGUGCUCAUCUUCCCAACAGUCGGCGCUCAACUCCGCUGCUGCCGCUGCCAAGACCUAUGCCACAAACGCGUUGUCGUACGCUAACUCACAUACGUCAGUGACCUCGAGAUACACCACCUGGUUUGGCACGUACACUACGGCUCGCCACGAUACCGUUGCGUCGCAUUACUCCAACAUCGCAAGCAGCAACUUCCUCGCAUUUACGUUUGAUUGCACCUGCGCCGACUCAGGAACUUACGCUUACGUCUACCCAGAUAACUUCGGCACUAUCUACUUUUGCGGUGCUUUCUGGAACGCUCCUCUGACUGGCACAGACUCCAAGGGGGGAACUAUUGUUCACGAGUCGUCCCACUUCACGCGAAACGGGGGAACGGAUGACCACGUAUACGGCCAGUCUGCUUGUAAAUCUCUCGCUCAAAGCAACCCAGACUUCGCCGUUCAAAAUGCUGACUCGACUGAGUAUUUUGCUGAGAACAACCCUGUACUUGCCUAA